UGCUGUAAUUGAUGAAAUUGGAGCUUCCAUAUUUGACUCAGAAACUGAUAGGAGAGGGAGGGUUGGUGGACAACACUAGCGAACAAAACAGGUCAAGAGAGCCACCUCAAUCACAUUCCAUUCUAUGCCAUGCCAUGUUAUGUUAUGCUGGAUUCAUUGAUCAUGUGACUUAAGCCCAUUGCUUCUCCUUCCCUUCCUACCAAUUGCUUUUUUACUCAGUUAGCGUUACCCAUAUUUGAAUUACAGCUAAUUUGGUCUUUGAUUGAAUAAUCACGCCAGCCACACAGAGAGAGAAGAGAGAGAGAGGGGGUAGAUGGGAACUACUACUACAACAACAAGAGGUGUGGCCGAGGCAGGUACCACGUGCAGCUUUCAUUGAAGAGACCCACCAGGUGGGUAGGUGACACUUUCUGCUGUGUGCUGAAUCGGAAGGUCGAGGGGUAAUUGGUUGAAAAGUACACAGGAGAGACAUUAAAGGAGAAGAAGAAUGGCUGAGCUUGGUCGUGGGAAUGGAUACAUAAAUGGUGUUCUACCAAAUAGGCACCCUGCUACAAUAUCUGAAGUAGAUGAAUUCUGCAACGCCCUUGGUGGGAACAGGCCAAUUCAUAGCAUAUUAAUCGCAAACAAUGGAAUGGCAGCAGUCAAGUUUAUACGCAGCGUUAGGAGCUGGGCCUAUGAGGCCUUUGGCACAGAGAAAGCUAUCUUAUUGGUUGCCAUGGCUACACCAGAGGACAUGAGAAUCAAUGCAGAACAUAUCAGAAUAGCUGAUCAGUUUGUGGAAGUACCUGGUGGGACCAAUAACAAUAACUAUGCGAAUGUGCAGCUUAUUCUAGAGAUGGCCGAGAUAACUCACGUUGAUGCUGUGUGGCCUGGUUGGGGUCACGCAUCAGAAAAUCCUGAGCUUCCAGAUGCAUUAAAAGCAAAAGGAAUUGUAUUUCUUGGUCCUCCUGCUAUAUCUAUGGCUGCGUUGGGAGAUAAAAUUGGUUCAUCAUUGAUUGCUCAGGCAGCUGAAGUGCCAACCCUUCCAUGGAGCGGUUCUCAUGUGAAAAUUCCGCCUGAAAGUUCUUUGAUCACUAUUCCCAAUGAAAUUUAUCGCGAAGCAUGUGUUUAUACAACAGAAGAAGCAAUUGCAAGCUGUCAAGUUGUAGGAUACCCUGCAAUGAUCAAGGCAUCUUGGGGUGGUGGUGGUAAAGGCAUAAGAAAGGUUCAUAAUGAUGAUGAGGUAAGAGCAUUGUUCAAGCAAGUUCAAGGUGAAGUUCCAGGCUCACCUAUAUUUAUAAUGAAGGUUGCGUCCCAGAGCCGGCAUCUAGAGGUUCAGUUACUUUGUGAUCAGUACGGAAAUGUUGCAGCUUUGCAUAGUCGUGAUUGCAGUGUUCAAAGAAGGCAUCAAAAGAUCAUCGAGGAGGGUCCUAUUACUGUAGCACCCCCAGAAACAGUGAAACAACUCGAACAGGCAGCUAGAAGAUUGGCUAAAUCUGUAAAUUAUGUUGGGGCAGCUACUGUUGAGUAUCUUUAUAGCAUGGAAACUGGCGAGUACUACUUUUUAGAAUUAAACCCCCGGCUACAGGUUGAGCAUCCUGUUACUGAGUGGAUAGCAGAGAUAAAUCUGCCAGCAGCACAAGUUGCCAUUGGGAUGGGUAUCCCUCUUUGGCAAAUUCCUGAGAUAAGGCGUUUCUAUGGGGUGGAACAUGGUGGGGGCAAUGAUGCAUGGAAGAAAACAUCAGUUUUAGCUACUCCUUUUGAUUUUGACAAAGCAGAAUCUACGAGGCCAAAAGGUCAUUGUGUGGCUGUGCGUGUGACAAGUGAGGACCCCGAUGAUGGUUUUAAGCCUACAAGUGGCAAAGUGCAGGAGCUCAGCUUUAAAAGCAAGCCAAAUGUGUGGGCAUACUUCUCUGUUAAGUCUGGAGGAGGAAUUCACGAAUUCUCAGAUUCCCAGUUUGGGCAUGUUUUUGCUUUUGGAGAGUCUAGGGCGUUAGCAAUUGCGAAUAUGGUUCUGGGGCUGAAGGAGAUUCAAAUUCGUGGAGAAAUCCGUACCAAUGUUGAUUACACCAUUGAUCUUCUAAAUGCUUCAGACUACAGAGAAAAUAAAAUUCACACAGGAUGGCUGGACAGUAGAAUUGCAAUGCGGGUUAGAGCAGAGAGGCCUCCCUGGUAUCUUUCUGUUGUUGGAGGGGCACUCUAUAAAGCUUCUGCUAGCAGUGCAGCUUUGGUUUCAGACUAUGUUGGCUAUCUUGAAAAGGGACAAAUCCCUCCCAAGCACAUAUCUCUUGUCCAUUCUCAAGAGUCCUUGAACAUUGAAGGAAGCAAAUAUACGAUUGACAUGAUACGAGGUGGACCUGGAAGUUAUAGAUUGAGAAUGAAUCAAUCAGAGAUAGAAGCAGAGAUACAUACUUUACGUGAUGGAGGUUUGCUGAUGCAGUUGGAUGGAAACAGUCAUGUAAUAUAUGCAGAGGAAGAAGCAGCUGGAACUCGCCUUCUAAUAGAUGGAAGGACUUGCUUGCUUCAGAAUGAUCAUGAUCCAUCCAAAUUAGUUGCAGAGACGCCAUGCAAGCUUCUGAGAUAUUUGGUUGUGGAUGACAGUCAUAUUGAUGCUGACACACCAUAUGCUGAAGUUGAGGUCAUGAAGAUGUGCAUGCCUCUUCUUUCACCUGCUUCUGGGAUUAUUCAUUUCAAAAUGUCUGAAGGUCAAGCAAUGCAGGCUGGUGAACUCAUAGCAAGGCUUGAUCUAGAUGACCCUUCAGCUGUAAGAAAGGCAGAACCGUUUAAUGGGAGCUUCCCAGUCCUGGGCCCUCCUACUGCAAUUUCUGGUAAAGUUCAUCAGAAAUGCGCUGCAAACUUAAAUGCUGCACGGAUGAUUCUAGCUGGUUAUGAGCACAAUAUUGAUGAAGUUGUGCAAAGUUUGCUCAUUUGCCUUGAUAGUCCUGAAUUGCCUUUCCUUCAAUGGCAAGAGUGCUUGGCAGUUCUGGCGACCCGUCUUCCCAAAGAUCUGAAAAAUGAGUUGGAAUCAAAAUAUAAGGAGUUCGAGAGGAUUUCAAACUCCCAAAUUGUUGAUUUCCCUGCUAAGUUAUUGAAGGGAAUUCUUGAAGCUCAUCUUUCCUCGUGUCCUGAUAAAGAAAAAGGAGCCCAAGAGAGACUAGUUGAACCUCUACUGAGUCUUGUUAAGUCUUAUGAGGGUGGAAGAGAGAGCCAUGCCCAUAUAAUUGUUCAAUCCCUUUUUGAAGAGUAUCUUUUUGUUGAAGAACUAUUUAGUGAUAAUAUACAGGCUGAUGUGAUUGAACGUCUGCGGCUACAAUACAAGAAAGAUUUAUUGAGGAUUGUAGAUAUAGUGCUCUCUCAUCAGGGUGUCAAGAGUAAAAAUAAGCUGAUACUGCGACUAAUGGAUAAAUUGGUGUACCCCAACCCAGCUGCCUAUAGGGAUCAGUUAAUCCGUUUUUCUGUUCUCAACCAUACAAGUUAUUCUGAGUUGGCUCUUAAGGCAAGUCAACUACUGGAACAAACUAAAUUGAGUGAACUUCGAUCCAGCAUUGCUAGAAGUCUUUCUGAACUAGAGAUGUUCACUGAGGAUGGUGAAAAUAUUGAUACUCCUAAGAGAAAGAGUGCCAUUAAUGACCGAAUGGAGGACCUUGUGAGUGCUCCUUUGGCAGUUGAAGAUGCCCUUGUGGGUUUAUUUGAUCACAGCGAUCAUACCCUUCAAAGGAGAGUUGUAGAAACUUACAUACGCAGGCUCUACCAGCCAUAUCUUGUCAAAGGGAGUGUCAGGAUGCAGUGGCACAGAUCUGGUCUUAUUGCUACAUGGGAGUUCUAUGAUGAGUACAUUGACAGGAAGAAUGGGGUUGAAGACCAAGUUUCAAAUAAAAUGGCAGCAGAGAAACAUAGUGAGAAGAAGUGGGGAGUGAUGGUUAUAAUUAAAUCUCUUCAAUUUUUGUCUGCAAUUAUCAGUGCUGCAUUAAGGGAGGCAACCAAUAACCUUCAUGAAGCACUUACAAGUGGUUCUGUUGAACAAAUUAACCAUGGUAAUAUGAUGCAUAUUGGAUUAGUGGGCAUCAACAACCAGAUGAGUUUACUGCAAGAUAGUGGUGACGAGGAUCAGGCUCAAGAAAGAAUCAAUAAGUUAGCCAAAAUACUCAAAGAGCAGGAAGUAGGCUCUACUAUACGAGCAGCAGGUGUUGGAGUAAUUAGCUGUAUCAUACAAAGGGAUGAAGGACGUGCCCCAAUGAGGCACUCCUUUCACUGGUCAGCAGAAAAGCUGCAUUAUGAGGAGCAACCUCUGUUGCGUCAUCUGGAACCUCCGCUAUCCAUUUAUCUUGAAUUGGACAAACUUAAAGGCUAUGAAAAUAUACGUUAUACCCCAUCUCGUGAUCGUCAAUGGCACCUGUACACAGUUGUGGAUCAUAAGCCAAUACCAAUUCAAAGAAUGUUUCUUCGAACACUUUUAAGACAGCCCUCCUCAAAUGAAGGAUUCUCUUCGUAUCAAAGGCUGGAUGCAGAAACAUCUCGUACUGAAUUGGCUAUGUCCUUCACUUCAAGGAGCAUUUUUAGGUCCUUGAAAGCUGCAAUGGAUGAGUUGGAACUUAAUGCACACAAUGCCAAUAUCAAAUCUGAACAUGCUCAUAUGUACCUCUAUAUCAUACGCGAGCAACAAAUAGAUGAUCUCGUGCCUUAUCCCAAGAGGAUUAACGUAGAUGCUGGGCAAGAAGAAACAACAGUUGAAGCAAUCUUGGAACAACUGGCACAGGAAAUCCAUUCAUUUGUUGGUGUAAGAAUGCAUAGAUUGGGGGUUCUUGUGUGGGAAGUCAAGCUCUGGAUGGCAGCUUGUGGACAGGCAAAUGGUGCUUGGAGGGUCAUUGUAAACAAUGUGACUGGUCAUACAUGCACUGUACAUAUAUAUCGAGAAAUGGAGAAUUCCAACACUCAUAAAGUGGAAUAUAGUUCAGUCACAGUAAAGGGUCCACUGCAUGGUGUACCUGUGAAUGAAAAUUAUCAACCUUUGGGGGUUAUUGAUCGAAAACGUCUUUCAGCAAGAAAGAACAGCACCACGUACUGCUAUGAUUUUCCCCUUGCAUUUGAAACAGCCUUGGAACAGUCAUGGGCAUUCCAACAGCCAGGAUUUCAACAAGCCAAGGAUAAAAAUCUUCUAAAGGUAACAGAGCUUAAAUUUGCUGACAAAGAAGGAAGCUGGGGUACUCCUCUUGUUCCUGUGGAGCGUCUCCCUGGAAUCAAUGAUGUUGGUAUGGUAGCCUGGUUUAUGGAAAUGUGCACCCCUGAGUUCCCAUCUGGAAGGACAAUAUUGGUUGUUGCAAAUGAUGUGACCUUCAAGGCUGGUUCUUUUGGCCCAAGAGAGGAUGCAUUCUUUCGUGCAGUAACUGAUCUUGCAUGUGCUAAAAAACUGCCUUUGAUUUAUUUAGCAGCAAAUUCUGGUGCCCGAUUAGGUGUAGCUGAGGAGGUCAAAGCAUGUUUCAGAGUUGGUUGGUCUGAGGAAUCUAAUCCUGAACAUGGCUUUCAGUAUGUAUAUUUAACACCUGAGGAUUAUGCUCGAAUUGGAUCAUCGGUCAUAGCACAUGAAUUGAAGCUUGAGAGUGGAGAAACCAGAUGGGUUAUAGAUACCAUUGUUGGCAAGGAGGAUGGCCUUGGAGUUGAAAACUUGAGUGGCAGUGGGGCCAUUGCUGGUGCUUAUUCAAGGGCAUACAAGGAAACUUUUACAUUGACAUAUGUGACUGGCAGAACGGUUGGCAUAGGUGCUUAUCUUGCUAGACUUGGGAUGAGAUGCAUUCAGAGGCUUGAUCAGCCCAUAAUUCUUACUGGUUUUUCAGCAUUAAACAAACUUCUUGGUCGAGAGGUAUACAGCUCUCACAUGCAACUUGGUGGACCUAAAAUCAUGGCAACUAAUGGAGUUGUUCAUCUUACAGUUUCUGAUGACCUUGAAGGUGUUUUUUCCAUUUUGAAGUGGCUUAGCUACAUUCCUUCUCAUGUGGGUGGUAUGCUUCCCAUUGUAAAGCCCCUUGAUCCUCCAGAAAGACCAGUAGAGUAUUUUCCAGAAAACUCGUGUGAUCCACGUGCUGCUAUUUCUGGAACUCUGGACAGUAAUGGAAAAUGGCUGGGGGGCAUUUUUGACAAGGAUAGCUUUGUAGAGACACUAGAAGGAUGGGCAAGGACAGUUGUUACAGGAAGGGCAAAGCUUGGAGGAAUCCCUGUGGGAAUUGUUGCUGUAGAAACACAGACUGUAAUGCAAAUAAUACCUGCUGAUCCAGGCCAGCUUGAUUCUCAUGAGAGGGUUGUUCCUCAAGCUGGGCAAGUGUGGUUCCCUGAUUCUGCAACCAAAACAGCCCAAGCAAUAUUGGAUUUCAACAGAGAAGAGCUCCCACUUUUCAUUCUUGCAAACUGGAGAGGCUUUUCAGGUGGGCAAAGGGAUCUUUUUGAAGGAAUUCUUCAGGCUGGUUCAACUAUUGUGGAAAACCUUAGAACAUACAAGCAGCCCAUAUUUGUAUACAUCCCAAUGAUGGGAGAACUCCGUGGUGGGGCGUGGGUUGUUGUUGACAGUAGAAUCAAUUCAGACCACAUUGAAAUGUAUGCCGAUCGAACAGCUAAAGGUAAUGUCCUUGAGCCUGAAGGAAUGAUUGAGAUCAAAUUUAGAACAAAAGAAUUGUUGGAGUGUAUGGGUAGACUUGAUCAACAGUUGAUAACUCUGAAGGCAAAAUAUCAGGAAGCCAAGAGUAACAGGGACCUUGAGACCUCUGAAUCCCUACAGCAGCAGAUUAAAUCCCGUGAGAAACAGCUUUUGCCUGUGUAUACCCAGAUAGCUACCAAAUUUGCUGAACUGCAUGAUACUUCCUUAAGAAUGGCUGCAAAGGGUGUAAUUAGAGAAGUUCUGGACUGGGGUAAUUCCCGUGCUGUCUUAUACCUGAGACUGCACAGGAGAAUUGGUGAGCAGUCGCUGAUCAACUGUGUGAGAGAUGCUGCUGGUGACCAUCUGUCACAUUUAUCUGCUUUGAACUUGCUCAAAGACUGGUAUUUAAAUUCUGAUAUUGCCAAAGGUAGAAAAGAUGCUUGGUUGGAUGAUGAAGCCUUCUUCAGGUGGAAGGAUAAUCCUGCAAAUUACGAGAAUAAACUAAAGGAACUACGUGUCCAGAAAGUGUUGUUUCAAUUGACAAAUAUUGGGGACUCAGUUCAAGAUUUGCAAGCUCUACCUCAAGGUCUUGCUGGCCUUUUAAGCAAGUUGGAGCCAUCAAAUCGUGUGAAGUUGACUGAUGAACUACGCAAAGUUCUUGUUUAGGAGACAAUACAUGCUCUUGUUAUGCUUAUGAUUGAGUCAUCAAGAAUCAUUUGAGUCAUUGAGGGGUGGGCAUAUAAAUGUACCCAUUUUCGUUGUGUCGAAUCCCUUAGCGAAGGGUAAGCUGGUAGCAGCAUCCCUCAAAAGGAUACUCUUACUUGAGGGAUCCGUUGCUUCAAGGUGUAAAUGAGUUGAGUCUUGGAUAUAUCCUUAAUUAUGCAGGUUGAGGAUCACAACCAGCAUCUCCAUGUUCCGUCUAUUUAUUUGCUGGUUGAUUGAUUCUUUUUAUAUAUUUGAAUAAAUAUGCAAUAAUGUGUAACAUUGAUUUUCUCUGCAUAACAAAGUUUUGGGUAGUCGAUAUAUGCUUUCCAUCAGGUUUUAAAUCUCCAUUGGCAGUAGAUUCAGGGAAAAUAUUAAUCAAACUAUCAAGCUUGCCAACAAUUUUUGUUUAAAAUACCUUGUAAUCGAUUUGACGUAUGCAAUUGGAAUUGUAGUUCAAAAUUCAUUUUAAUUGUCAAAAUUAAACU